AUGGCGGCUGCUGGAGUCAACAUCUGCGUUGAAGCCGUGCAAGAAAACCAAAUUCAAGAAUGUCGAGUCGUGGAGAGGGCAGAUGGGGAUGGUCAGGAGAUACAAGAAGUAUAUGUCCAACCACUCUCCAUGUCAGAGAACUUGAGUAAACUUGCCCACAAGAUAGACUUUUACAAAGAUGAAUCUGAUGACAAGAAGGGAUCAUCAGGUGAUAUUGACAAAGAAAGCGAGGACAAGAAUGCUACAUCAUUCCAGCCAUCACUCUGGCCCUGGGAUUCUGUUAGAAACAAAAUUAAGGGUGCCCUGACAGAGAUGAGUGUACUACUGGAUGUGCUCAACAUAACGAAGGAGAAGCGCUAUAUGAUCCUAGACCAGGUGUCCCAGCCUCCACCUGAUCCUAAAACUCAACUUCAACUCCAACUUCUCUCUAAGAAAUCGGCGCUCAAUGAGGCGACAAAUGUGUUAUUGAACGGGGCGGAGAGAUUGCGGCGAUCCCAAUCAGAAAUGGGUAGUAAACCACAGGGAGAUUUUCACAUAGAGCUGCUCAAACUCAGGCAGAACUGGCGACUUAAGAAAGCAGGCAAGCUGAUACUAGGAGACCUCAGCUACAAGUCAGCUGGAUCCCGAUACUGGCAGGGAGGAACCUUUGAGGUCGUAAAGAGCACUAGCGUUGGGGAAGGUUCUGAAGCCUCUCUGCAGAAGGGAAGUUUGGAGGUGAUCAUUCCUAGUGAACUGGAAGGUGUAGCCUACAUUCAGGUUGAGGUCAAGGUUGUUCCAGAAGCCAUGGAUUUGAUGAGUGCCAUUCUUAAGAUCCCUUCUGGCCUUGGCACCAUACCCACCGAUGCCUACUGGCAGCAAAAGCUCGAGGUGGCACAGAAUGUUCUCUUCUGUAAAGAAAUCUUUGCACAGUUGGCGAGAGAAGCUGUCCAGAGCAAAUCAUCAGUACCUCAUCUAGUUGUUGGAAAUCAAAUCAUUACAAAUAUAUUCCCAGGCAUUCAGCUGUCAAUUGUUUUGUGCCACUCCCCUGGGAAAGAUAAAGAUAAAAAGCAGUCAUCAGCCCCACACAAAUUGGACCAUAAUCAUGUGUUAGAGCACUCCCUCCAUCAGCUUCUGCGGGAGCUCCACUACAAAAACAUACACUUCUCUCCGCCACAUCCUGUCACUGCUGUCAUCGGCAUCUCAAAGAAGCGACGCCUAGCGGGUCCCAAUGCCCUUUCACGCUCAGAACUCACAGAAAUGAUAGAGAAUGAAACUUUGCUUCAUCAAAUCAUUAAACAGACUAAACACAGUGUUUUACGUCUCAGAACCAUGAAGACUAUAGAUCACUAUGCUUCAACACAGAAAGAUCCCAACUUAGCCACUCACUGGAACUGUACCAACAACAGUCUGGAAGCAAGCUGUCGAGUUGUGAUCACCUCCCAGGGAUAUGAUCUGCGGGUGUGGCACAGCUUUGUGUUGAACAUUGGAGUGGAUAUGGUAAAGGCUGUCACUCGUGAAGGACGUGUUUACACAUUCUCCUAUGAGGAACGUGAACUGGAGGACUUUAUCAUGUGGCAGAUAUCACAACACCAGUUAAGUGUUUCCCAGAACCUAGCACGUAUGAUGGGGUGGCAGAUGCUCAGUACCAGUACAGCCCUGGGAGUCGGGGACAUGGAGGAUGUGGGUACAGCUUCCUCCUUGGUACUUGCCUCUCCAAACCAUGACAGGGUGCUAGCGAUCAAAAGUGGACCAAGUAGUGGUGUGAAGGUAUUCCUUCAGUGUCAUUCAAAAGAUCACAAUGGCAAGAACAGGGCUGUAUUAAAGGACAUCAAGUGGCAAAGCGUAGGGACAGACUUUCAGUCUGUCGACCUGGCGCGGUUUGAUGGACGUAGCUUUGCAUCUAAGUUUGAAUUGUUACUGGCAGUGCUUACAAGAUCAUCAAAGGGAUAAAUUAAUCUUCUGUUUUUAUGUUAUGGUAUGGUAUGCUAAAAACUUGGGAAGAAACUGUGCAUAUAGUCUGACAAAUAAGUGGUCGAUGAAUAAUCUGACAGGCAGCCAGAGAAUAUUCAUUGGACAAGCAGGCAACAGUGAAAACAGGUGGCUGUGAACAGUUGUCAGACAGGUGGAUGUGAACAGUUGUCAGACAGGUGGCUGUGAACAGUUGUCAGACAGGAAAGCAGCCUGUGAACAGUUGUCAGACAGGUGGAUGUGAACAGAUGUCAAACAGGCAGUCAUGAAUAGCUGUCCUACAAACAGGUAGCUGUGAAAAGUUGUCUGAUAGAUGGGACGUAAACAGGUUUCAAACAGGCAGUCAUGAAUAGCUGUCCUACAAACAGGAAGCUGUGAAAAGUUGUCAGGCAGCCUUUGAAUAGUUGUCAAACAGAUGGCCUGUGAACCAUUGUCAGACAGGCAACCUUUGAAUAGCUGUCAAACAGAUGGCCUGUGAACAGUUGUCAGACAAACAGGCAGCCAUAAAUAGUUGAUAAUCAAGUAGGUGGUCAUGACUAGAUGUCAGACAAACAGGUGGCCAUGAGCAGUCUUGCAUGCUUGUUGAAUAGAAAAAUAUGUUUUUGAGGAACAUGGUAACUUAGAUUUACGGAAUCUCAUUAUUUUGUAUUUCUGGAAAAAGGUAAAACUUUUAAAAUAGGUCAUUGUUAGUGUGUACUAGUGAAAAAAACUAUUGAGAAAACAUUAAAUUGAAUUGAAAGUAUUACUGCAGACAAGAAUACUUUAUUAUUUUCAUUCAAUAGGAAGAAUAAAACUCUACCCUUGCUGUGUAGGAGGAAGGCUUUCAAUUAAAGCAGUUAUUUUACUGAAAAUAUGAACUUUAGGUUUGGAAUUCUGUUCACAAGAACUGUUGAACACAUACAAUAAAGAGGAUACUGUU